AUGUCGCGCCCUGCUGUUGCUGCUCAACGAAGCCUCUCUCUGACGGAAGAGCUGGAGAGACUUGAGCAGCAGAUUACUCUAACGCUUCAAGAAAUCGACCACAACUUUAGCAAAGCCCAUCGAAUUGUGACGACAGGUAUCUUGCCUGUUGUUGAACAAUAUGCAGAACAGUCGCGAGAUGUGUGGGAGGCAUCCAAGGUCAGCACCCACCGGUUCUGGAAACAAUUCUUUGAAUCAAGCGCCAAUGUUUCUCUAUCGGGCUAUGAGGAACAGCCGCUGGACGAGAGUAGCCAUGAGAUGACGGUAACGGAAGAUUCAACGAACAUGACUCAGGCCUCUUUGGACGAAACAUUGGAAUCAUACGAUACCACAACCUCAGACCUCCCAGUUGCUUCCAGCCGGGACGUGGAGCACGAUAUGUCAUCCCUGUCUAUUGUAGAUUCGCAUACUACUCCUCGCGCUCUCCAUAACGUGAGAGUAGAAGAAGACGAGUCUAUCAACUAUACGUUGAACUCUGAGAGAGACGACGAUGGGAUUUCCUCGAUCGAUACGCCAUCACAGUGUAACAAGUCGGGUCCAUUUACACCCAACAGGAGCCAGAACUUGUACGGCAGAACUUUCCCAACAACUCCUGGCUCUGUUGUGUUUCCACCACCCACCUCGCUACUACCAGACAAGGCCAAAUCAGGAAAGCCAGAAGAUCCAGUGCUUCACCGUGUUCUAGACAAGACAUAUCGAGUUCAAGCAACCCCCCUGGGGAAAUCAUCCUUUUCUAGAGUGCGUCCCGAAACUACGACUCCAGUAUCACGCUACAAAUUCGAAUCCUCACCCAUGUCAAGUCCAGAGCUCGAAGCCCCGAAGCUCCAUUCUGAAAUAUUCUCUUCUCCAGUAGUCCCAAAAUCCAUAAAAAGCUCCGGUCGACCAAAGAAACCACGUAUUCCGAAACCAGGAAUUAGUGUUCUCACUCCCGCUAAACCAAAAACACACCGCCACAGCCUCUGGAACAGUGACGAUGAUUUAGACGAUGACUUCGAGAAGAAUGGUGACCCCACGGCGCUGUUUGGAAGCCCACCAAAAACAAUGCAGUUUCAUAUUCCGCAGAGUAAACUGCUCAAAACGCCCGCCAAGGAAGCAUCGAAGCGUAUCGUGUCGGAUCUCCUACACACUGCUGGCGCCGGCGACACUACAUCGGACUUUGACGAAUUUGAAUAUAGCCCUAGUGUUGUUCGUCGUGCUGAAGGAUUGGAAGAUGAUACCUUUUAA